AUGUGGUUCCUGGAGCACGAGAGCCUCUUCGGAGGCAAGCGCGUCUGGCUCCGCCCCGGAUCACAGCAACUGUUCGGUCGCACCAAGUCAGACGACAAAGAUGGCCCACAAGGAAAAAAUUGGAAGAUUGAAAACAAGGCGGUCUCGCGCAAGCAUGUUAUGCUGAAGGUGUAUGACGCAGCACCAGAAGACGGCACAAAGCUUCACAAGAGGUCUCAGAUCGAGGUGACCGAUCUGAGUUGCAGGCAGGGAGUCACAAUCGACGAGAAAACUACAUUGAAGAGCCAGAAGGCCUCCGAUGGGUCGAUAGAAUACAGCCGCGAGACCCUGAAAGGCACCGAACAUACCAUCAGAUUGGCUGCCAGCUAUGCGCCAUUCAAGAUCGUCUGGCGCCCAGUCGUCUUUACAUAUGCUUCGAAGGAAUCAAAAGAGAACAAAGCCCGCAGCGCGCAGCUACACACCCUAGACAUCAAGACUACAACCGACUUCGUAUUCGACAAGACCACCCACGUCGUAUCAGCGAAACGGAACCUUCCCAAAGUCCUCUCGGGUCUGACUUCAGCCAAACACAUCGUCACUACAGAGUUCCUUGAUAAAGUCCUCAUUGUGGCUGCUCCAUCGGUCGACGAAGAAAACAAUUACCUGCCUUCGAAGCUAGAAGAGGAUUUUGAUGCAUGGUGGCCAGCGGAGAAGGAAUACAUACCAGGAAUUGACAAAGAGCCGGUUCAUCAGCCACAUGAGAUGUUGCUACCUGAUCCCUCGCGGUCAGAUGUCUUCUCUGGGCUGACUUUUGUGUUUCUGAGCGAAAGCCAACACAGUAGUUUGCUGGAUCCCGUCACCGGUGGAGGCGGUAAGGCAUUACUAUACAAUCUACAACUUGGCGAGACAACGGUAGACGAGUAUGUCGAUCACGUCCACAAUGUGGCAGGAAAGAAGCGACGUGGCAAACCUGGCGACAAGCUUCCCGUCAUAACGGUGCGCUUAAACGUACUAGCAGAGGACGAAUGGCUCAAGAGCUUUCGGAUCGGCGUUGAUCAGGCACUUGGGCAGCGCUCGAUCGAACAGAAGGAGUUUCUCGACACGAUUCUCACAGGGGACCGUGCCUCAAUACAAAGCCCGCCCGCAGAAGUGAUUGCUACUGCACCACCAGAGGUCACAAGCAGUCGCCGCUCUAUGCGUCAACCAACACCAAUGUCUGAAUCUAGGGCACCGUCGCAGGCCCCCGAGGAGAACGAACCUCCUGCGGAAGAGCCCGCAAAGAUCAACCCACGAAAGCGCAUCCACCGGCCAAAGACAAGCCGCUUCACGGGCUUUGAUGAUGACGAACCCAUCCCGAAGAAGAAACUGAAGGUCGAAAAUCCUCCAGUGGAAGACGUCCAGCAGUCUGUACCACUACGAGGACCAUCGAUGACAGCUUCGCAAGCACGCAAUACAUCAGGUACACCAAGUCAAGCUUCUCCGCCAUCAAACACCCGAAAGACGAUCGAGAAAGAAGAGCAGAUGGAUACCCUGUUCCCGACGGCCGCCAAAAUGAGGGCACAAAGAGCAGCUACGCGUGCGCCAUCGGCUUCUGUCGAGCCCGAAGAAGGGGGCCCGGUGAAAAGAGCAUCCACUAUAGCAGCUGCUCGGGAGCGACUCAACUUGGCAAAAGACAAGUCCGAAAAGGAAAUCAAUAUCCGCGAGCAUACUCGUAAGCGCAUCAAAGAAGAAGAGGAGCGUCGCAAGGCAGACGAGGAGAGCUUGCGAGAAGCGCUUGAAGGUAUCGACAUCACUGAGCUGAAGAACCUGGCCCAAAUAGAAGAGAUGGACGUUCUACCUCGGCAGAACAGAGGCCCUUCGCGCAAUCAAAGUCAAACCAAUAACGAGCGCUGGAACGCUGAGUGGAACGGUCGCAAGAACUUUAAGAGGUUCCGUCGCCGUGGUGCCGAACAGGGCGUCCAAGCCCACAAAGUCAUCGUCACGCUUGAAGAAGCACCAGCCAAGAAGGGCUUCGGCCUCACUGACGCCUUCUUUCUCGAAGACCCUGAGCCCUCUUUCCGUUCACGCGAUAGCCGGCGCGGUCGCAACGCAGCAGCGGACGAUUCGUCAGAGCCAGAAGUCGGUGGCUUCACUCGUCGGAAACGGACUACGCAGUCUCAGGCGCAGCAAGAAGUCAUUAAUGUGGAAGAUAGCGGACCGGACGACGAGGAGGUUCCAGAACAACGAACGCAGAAGAGUAGUGGGCGGACGCAGAGGGUUGUAGAGACACAGCUUGAGAGCACGCAGACGCAGAGGGGGAAGAAGAGGGGAUCUGACGCUGCGAGCGGGCAGCCUGCUAGUAAGAAGGGGAGGUUUAGCAGAAAGGACGACGAUAGCGAUGAUGAGGAGACUGGAUUCAGGUUCAAACGGAGAACAUGA